UAUUACUCUCACCUCUCAUCUUCUUCAUCUAUGCUCGUACUUGUCACUCGUCUCUACUCCAAAUAAAAAAAACUCUCUCCAAUCAUGGCCCUUGAUUCCACUGACCGGCGUGACUUCGUCGUGAAGAUUAACGGCGAAGAGAGCGGAGCCGUCGGUGCUACAGGGUCAAGCAGCAAUGCAGACGGAGGCAACUUCUGGAGAGAGUCGAGCUACGACUUUUGGGAUGGUGAAAAAGGUAAGAACGAUGAUCAAGAACUCGACGUCGGUGGCGAGAGUUUCCAUUUCAGACAGCGGAGAUCACGGUCAGAUGAUUUGUCUUAUCCUCCGGCGAAGCAGAAAACUUCCGGCGGAGAGAUCUCUCUCGACAUCGACCUGAACACGGCAGAGCUUCCGAGCAACACGUUGCCGGCGAUCUCAGAGACCUCUUCUCCGUUCACGGCGAAAGGAAAAGCCGACGCGGUGAGAAGGAGACAGAACAGAAUCUCACUCGGUGGGAGCAGCGACGAGGAGAGCCGUCACUACAAGGCCAACAGAGACGAAGCAGAGGUCGUGAAGAAACCGUUCCUGAGGAGGAACCAGACGAAGUCAAGACUUAUGGAUCCUCCAACACCGACGCAUCCAGCUAUCGACAAAACAGAGAUGAGAUCCGGUCGGAAAACCGGUUUUCUCGGAAAAAGCCCUAAACCGGGGACUCCAUCUCGAACCGGGACGCUGGAGGAAGACGAGGAGGAAGAUCCGUUUCUGGACGAGGACUUACCGGACGUGUUCAAAAGAGACAAACUCAGCAUUUGGGUUUUGCUCGAAUGGAUAAGUUUAGUUCUGAUAGUUACCAGUUUGGUCUGUAGCUUAACGGUACAUAGCUUGCGGCGCAAGACAUGGUGGAAGCUAGACCUGUGGAAAUGGGAAGUGACGGUUUUGGUGUUGAUUUGCGGGAGACUUGUCUCGAGCUGGAUAGUGAGGAUACUCGUCUUCUCCGCCGAGAAGAACUUCGUUUUGAGAAAGAGGGUUUUGUAUUUCGUCUACGGAGUUAGAAAGUCUGUACAAAACACCUUGUGGUUAGGGCUCGUGUUGCUUGCGUGGCACUUCUUGUUCGAUAAGAAAGUGGAAAGAGAGACUCGGACCACUGCCAUUAGGUACGUGACUAGAGUGUUGGUCUGUCUCCUUGUUGCAGUGAUCAUUUGGUUGAUUAAGACACUUCUGGUCAAAGUUCUUGCUUCAUCUUUCCACAUGAGCACUUACUUUGAUAGAAUUCAAGAAUCUUUGUUCACUCAGUACGUGAUUGAAACUCUCUCCGGUCCUCCUUUGAUGGAGAUUCAGAGAAUGGAGGAAGAAGAGCAGAAAGUGACAGACGAUGUUAAGAGUUUAGAGAAACUGGCUGGAGCUAAGUUGCCUCCAGCUUUAAAAGCGACGGUUAAGAGUUUUAUGAAAGCCGGGAAUGGUGCGAGACUGUCUCGGGUUGGUUCUGACAAAGAAGGAGAUAGUGAAGGGAUAAGGAUUGAUCAGUUGCAGAGGAUGAAUACAGACAAUGUGUCUGCUUGGAACAUGACCAAGUUGAUGAAUAUAAUACGGAAAGGCGCUCUUUCUACUUUGGAUGAACAUAUACAGGACACAGUUGAGGAGAGUGAGCAUGCUACGCAGAUAAGAAGCGAGUGCGAAGCAAAGAUUGCUGCUAAGAAGAUUUUUCACAAUGUCACUGAGCCUGAUUCCAGGUACAUACAUAUGGAAGACUUCUUGCGGUUUCUGUCUGAAGAGGAGUCUGAAAGAGCCAUGGCUCUCUUUGAAGGAGCUUCAGAGAGCCUUAGGAUCAGCAAGUCUUGCCUCAAGAAUUGGGUGGUUAAGGCAUUUAGAGAACGAAGGGCUCUGGCAUUGACCUUAAACGACACAAAGACAGCAGUGAACAGGCUUCACCGCAUAAUCAAUGUGUUGAUUAGCAUUAUAAUCAUUAUCAUUUGGCUUCUUAUACUAGGAAUCGCCACAACCAAGUUCUUGCUAGUCUUAAGCUCUCAGCUACUUCUAGUAGCCUUUAUAUUCGGAAACUCAUGCAAAACCAUCUUUGAAGCCAUCAUUUUCCUUUUCGUUAUGCACCCAUUUGAUGUUGGUGACCGCUGCGAAAUUGACGGUGUUCAGUUGGUUGUGGAAGAAAUGAACAUAUUGACGACUGUUUUCUUGCGGUACGAUAAUCAAAAGAUCAUAUACCCGAAUAGUGUUCUUGGGACAAAACCUAUAGCUAACUACUUCCGAAGUCCUGAUAUGGGAGAUGCGGUUGAAUUCUCUGUUCACAUAGCAACUCCUCCAGAAAAGAUAGCUGCUAUUAAACAGAGAAUAAUCAGUUAUAUAGACUUCAAGAAGGAUCAUUGGUAUCCGGCACCUAUGAUUGUGUUCCUAAACAUGGAUGACUUGAAAAGCGUGAAGAUUGCGGUGUGGUUGACACACAGAAUGAAUUUUCAAGACAUGGGAGAGAGAUUUAUAAGGAGAAGUCAAUUACUAGAGGAAGUUGGGAAAGCUUGUAGAGAGCUUGAUAUUGAGUAUCGUUUAUAUCCUCAAGGCAUUAAUAUUAAAAGUUUCCCUCCGGUGACUCCGGGUACUUCUGACCGCCUGCCUCCAGCUUGUUUGCAUCAACGCGGUGCCUGAACUGUAAAGACUUGUUGAGCAAGGGAAGUAAGGGAUUUUUCAUUGCGCGUAAGCAAGCAGAAUAUGAUUUUUGUGUAUGUAUAUAUAUAUGUAUGAGUGGUUUGGUAACAGUUUUCUAUUCUCUGGAAGUAGUAAUUUGUGAUUCAAGAAUAAGUAUAUAGUGAUUGAAAUGGGGUUCAAGACA